GUUGGUGGAGAAUUUGUUGCCACAGUUCCAUCAAUUAAUAUUUAUAUAAGUUUAACAACUUUAAGGAAAUAUUAAAUGCAUAUAGAUUCAUAUAAUUUUGUUCUUCCUCGUGAUACCACCUUAAGCUCACUCUAGCUCUUUGGCUAGUAGCUGCUUCAGUCUUCAGAAUCCAAAGGUUUUUUUCAGCAACAUUAUAUCCAAAGAAAAGGAAAUUUUCUGGUGCAGAGUUACAUUUUAAAAUAUUAUUAGUGGAGAUGUUUUCUGUAAAGGUCAAGGAGGGGGAGGAAGGUCGUGACGGGCAGCCAUCAGUAGGCCCUGUAUACCGGAACCUCUUGGCUAAGGAUGAAUUUCCUCCAACUAAUCCUGACUUAUCUACUGCUUGGGAACUCUUAAAAGAUUCUGUGGAGAAGCAUCCAAAAAAUAAAAUGUUGGGGUGGCGAGAACUCGUGAAGGGAAAGUGGAGUCCAUAUUUCUGGAAAACCUACAGUGAAGUGUUCGAAGAAAUUCUGCAGGCUGGUUCUGCAUUGCGAGCGCAUGGUGUUCAACCUGGUGCUCGUAUCGGAAUUUAUGGAUCCAAUUGCCCUCAGUGGAUUGUGGCAAUGGAGGCUUGCAGUGCCCAGAACCUUAUUUGUGUUCCACUCUAUGACACCCUUGGAUCUGGGGCUGUUGAUUAUAUAAUAGGCCAUGCUGAGGUUGAUGUAGUUUUUGUCCAAGACAAGAAAGUGAAAGAACUGUUUAGUGAUGAAUGUACUCACUUGAAACGGCUUAAAGUUGUUGUUUGUCUCAGUUCGCUAACAAUACAAGAGAAGGAUAUGGCUGUCUCCAUGGGUAUCAAGCCAUACUCUUGGAAUGAGUUUCUUGAAAUGGGUAAGAAGAAUCCAACAGAGGUUACACCACCACAGCCAUAUCAUAUUUGCACAAUAAUGUACACUAGUGGAACUAGUGGAGAGCCAAAAGGUGUUAUUUUGACCCAUGAAAAUAUUGCAUCAGCUGCCAGAGGGUUGGAUCUUUUUAUGGACCAGUUUGAAGAUAAGAUGACGGUUGAUGAUGUGUACAUAUCAUUCCUACCUCUUGCCCAUAUCCUUGAUCGCAUGAUUGAAGAGUACUUCUUCUUCAAGGGCGCUUCCGUUGGCUACUACCAUGGGAAUAUCAACGAGAUAAAAGAUGACUUGGCCGAGUUGAAGCCCACCUUCUUGGCUGGAGUACCUCGAGUUUAUGAAAGAAUUCAUGAAGGUGUCUUAAAAGCACUUGAUGAACUCAAUCCAUUUAGGAGGGCAGUUUUCAACUUUCUUUACAACUACAAACUCAAAUGGAUGAAGCUAGGGUUCAAGCACAGAGCUGCGGCGCGCCUGGCUGAUUUACUUGCUUUUAGAAAGGUAAAGGCGAGACUAGGUGGCAGACUUCGUCUAAUAGUUUCGGGUGGUGCAGCACUAGGUAGUGAGAUUGAAGAGUUCUUGAGAGUAACCUCUUGUGCAUUUGUGGUACAAGGAUAUGGACUAACUGAAACUUGUGGGUUGAGCACAAUAUGCUACCCAGAUGAAAUGAGCAUGAUCGGAACAGUUGGAUCCCCAUUUGUAUACACAGAAGUGCGUCUCGAGGAGGUUUCUGAAAUGGGUUACAACCCGCUUGGAAACCCCCCACGAGGAGAGAUAUGUGUCAAGGGAAAAACUAAUUUUGCAGGAUAUUACAAGAAUCCAGAAUUGACAAGAGAAGUCUGUAAAGAUGGGUGGUUCCAUACAGGUGAUAUUGGAGAAAUGUUGCCUAACGGAGUUAUAAAAAUCAUUGAUAGAAAGAAAAAUCUUAUCAAGCUCUCUCAAGGAGAAUAUGUCGCGGUCGAGUAUCUAGAGAAGAUUUAUGGUAUAGCACCUAUUAUUGAAGAUAUAUGGGUGUAUGGGGACAGUUUCAAGUCUAUGUUGGUUGCAGUGGUCGUUCCCCAUCAAGAGAACACCUCCAAAUGGGCACAUCAAAAUGGCCAUUUUGGUACUUUUGAAGAACUAUGUUCUUUUGACAAAUUGAAAAAUUAUGUCCUUGUUGAGUUGAAGGCUGUUGCAGAGAGGAAUAAGUUGAGGGGUUUUGAGCACAUAAGAGGUGUCAUUCUUGAGCCACAACUCUUUGAACUGGGAAAUGACUUGGUCACUGCAACGCUGAAGAAAAGAAGAGAUAAAUUGUUCAAACAUUACGAGGAAGAAAUCUCGAGUCUUUAUGGAACACUCACUCGUGCACCUAAGCAUUAAGUGUUGGUUAUAUCAUCAAGUGUUGCUGAUGUUGAUCUUGUUGCCUCUCUAUUUAUCAGCUCUCUUAGUCGCAAUUACACUCUACAUCACCCAUAUGUCAUUUUUACCAAUUUGUUCUCUCUUUGUGCCGCAGUAAAGCAAUAUCUUGUUUUUUUUUGUAAUUCUGACACUCGAAAUAAAUAUGGCUCAAAAUCAAAUUAAAUAUUCAUGUUGUUUUACGUGCAUCCAGUAAAUAAAGAAAGCCAGAUUACCUUAUUGGGGUAGAUAGAUACCGGAUUAAAAGAUGCAGAGCAGUCCCUAAGCUUGUCCUAGAAGCAGUUGAUUAGUUUAUAGGAUUACAUUCCAAAACCUUAUCGCCUGAAUCGAACACCCUGUGAUAAUACUUGGCAGAGAAGGUGACUGGAGAAGCAGUAGGAUCAUUAUCAUCCGAGGUGGUCUUCAGCAGUCCUACGCCUCUCUUUCAUUUGCUCCUGAAGCUUCCGAGGUGAAUCGGAUGGGGAAGAUGAAGGGUUAUAAUAUUCCAUAUCGUCAUAUGGUGGUGGAUUCUGAUGCGGCCCAUAUAGAUUCUCUAGGCGGCUUUGCUGUGAACCUUGGACAAUAGGUGCUUUCUUUCAAUUCACCACAUCUUGCUGCUUCAUCAGGCUUCGUAAUUCGUUUUGCCAAGUCGGGGUAUUCAUAGCGCCUAAAAAACGGAUCCAUUGGCGUUCCCGAGGUCGGAUUACCUGUGAUGUUGUUUGAGUCCGUUCAGAAACGAAGAGAAAAAAAAAAGGUAGAGGGCCAGAGGCUAUGUGUGGCCCAGGGGCGGGGCGAUCCCUGGCCCGCUCAAUCUAAAUUUUUAAAAAUUUCUAUAUUUUUGUUUUUAUAAUUUCAUUCAACUUUUAUCUCAAAAAUAUUUUUUGUACUGAUUCAUUUCAGUUUAGUGCCUUGCCUCCACCCCAAACGAAUAGAGACAGAGUAAGAAUGAUAAAACGGGCUUGAAAUGUCAUAUCAAC